CUCAGGGAGGAGGCCGCCGGAUCGGACUUGCGCAGCAGAAGUCACCGAGACGGGCGCUGUCCCCGCGCGGGAGACGCGAUGCUCGAGGCCCCGGAGCCUCCGACGCUGGAGGACGUGGCGGUGGUAUUCAGCUGGGAGGAGUGGCGGCUGCUGCGCCCCGCGCAGAAAGACCUGUACCGGGACGUGAUGCUGGAGAACUACCGCAGCCUGCUGGCCGUGGGCGGUGGGGCCGGCCGGCCAGGCGCCCUGUCCACGCUGCUCCGGGGAGGCCCGUGGACGGCGGGCGGGGACCCGCACCGUGGCAGCCGGGCCGACGCCGGCGCGGCCGAUCGUGGCGGGCCCAAGCCGGCGCGGCUGGGGGGCGAGGGGAGCGAGGCAGGGCCGUGUCCCGCGCGGCUUCCGUGCCGGGACACCGGUCCGGAUGGCGUUCACCUCCGCGGGGAAAGCGCGCCGCCCGACGUCACCCGCGUUGCCCCGGACAGCCGUGCGGGGUCCCCGGCUGGGGCUUCCUCUCGGCGGGCCAAUGGCGAGACCGAAGUCUCCACGAGCCGGAAACCCCUCGGCGCGGGAUCGCCCCCCGCCGGGCCCACGCGCGAGACAAGUCAGAAAGCCAAGAAGCCGCACGUGUGUGCCGAGUGUGGGAAAGGCUUCAGCCGGAAGUGCUGGCUGCGCGAUCACCGGGUGGUGCACACCGGGGAGAGACCCUACCGCUGCGACCUGUGCGACCGCGCCUUCUCCCGGAAGUUCAUGCUCACCGAGCACCGGCGCACGCACACCGGGGAGAAGCCGUACGCGUGCGCCCAGUGUGGGAAAGCCUUUCUCCGCAAGUCGCGGCUGGACAUCCACGAGAAAACGCACACGGGCUCGAGACCCCACAAGUGCGGCGAGUGCGGGAAGGGCUUCGUCCAGAAGGGCAGCCUCAUCAUCCACCAGCGGAUCCACACGGGCGAGAGGCCCCACGCGUGCGGCGAGUGCGGCAAGGCCUUCAUCCAGAAGAUGUGCCUGAUCGCGCACCAGCGGCUGCACACGGGCCGCACGCCCUUCAUGUGCGACGGCUGCGGGAAGUUCUGCUCGCAGAAGGCCGGCCUCAUCAAGCACCAGCGCAUCCACACCGGCGAGCGGCCCUACGGCUGCGGCGAGUGCGGCAAGGCCUUCACCACCAAGCCCAAGCUGGUGGUCCACCAGCGGACGCACACCGGCGAGCGGCCGUACGCCUGCGACCAGUGCGGCAAGGCCUUCGCCUACAUGUCCUGCCUGGCGAAGCAUAAGCGAAUACACGCGCGGGUCGGGACCCACGAUCCCGCGCCGGGGAGUCCUGCGCAGCGCCACGGGCAGCCAGGCCCCGAGCAGGGCGCGCAGGGCCCCAGCCCGGUGGGCGCAGGCAGCGUGGCGCCCUCGCAGGGCCCCUCUGGGGGCCUUCAAACAUCACUGAACAUCGCUGGGCUCCCGGAAAAUCGGGGCGUCGUCCUGGUGGGACAGCCAGUGGGGUCGGGAGGGGUUGCACAGGAGAGGAGCCUCGCGUACGUAGUGAACUCCGCCCUGCCGUCGGUGGUCAAUUACGUCUUGUUCUGUGUCACCGGAAACCCGUAGGAAGGAGGGCUGAGCAGACAGGUCUCG